GCUCAAUAUGCAGGAGGAAAAAGAUGCCCAGUUCCUCUGCUCAUUCCUUCCAGCAGAGCAAAGAGGGGGGGAAAAGCAAGCUGCCCUUGUGCAAGAGCCUUUUUCACUCUUCUCCAGACUCCUCUCUUGUCCUUUUUGCUGCUUGACUGACAUGGAGAAGUUCAUGCACCUCUUCUUGGUCUUUUGGUCAGCAUCCUGUGCUGCAGAGAACAUCACUGUGGUGUAUGGAAUGGAGGGGGGCACCAUUUCUGUCAACUGCACCUAUAACCCCCGGCAGCAGCGGUGGAGGGAGAAGAGCUGGUGCAGGCAGAUGGAUGAGACCAGGUGCCAAUACGUGGUGCGCGCCCGGCGCUUCUGGCUGCCGUUCCUGAAGAACAGCAAUGGCACCACCUCCAUCAGAGACAAUGUCCAUGAAGGGGUCCUGACAGUGACCAUGAAGCAUCUCAAGAAGCAAGAUGCUGGGUUGUACCAAUGCAAAACUGACUACCUAGGGGAAACAAACACCUUAAAGAAGGUGCAAGUGGAAGUGCUGACAGCAGCUUUCCCGGAGACUCAAAUGCCAGAGGAGCCUCGUGCUGUGGGGAGUGUCUCCAGCAUCCCUCCUGAUGCUGAUUUCACUGUCUUCUAUAUCAUUGCUGGAUUCCUGCUUACUAAGUUUGUGGUGGCUCUGCUGGUAUUUAUCAUCGGCAACUGCAGGAAGAACAGAGAAACAGAGCAGAGGAACCCAAGCUGGAAUGAGCAGCAGGUCCUUCCUUUCACUGAUGACCUUACAUACUAUGGAAUCAGCCCCUCUUGGGAGAGCACUGCUUAGAGCCAAAACCAAAAGGAAUCCACAGAGAAAUGAACACCAAGCAUUUGCAGGCAAAGCUUUGCUACCUGCUGUAGGAAAAGGAUUGCCUACUAAACAUAGGUAUCAACGACCCUGUCACUCCAGAGAGUGAAUGUCACCAUCUACCAUCUCUUCUCAUUGGCACUGACCAACUUUUUCCAACACAUCUGAACUGAAAAGCUGCUGCCUGUAACACCUGAACCUAAUGGAAGAGGAUGAGAUUGAGGGCCAGAGGGAAAGAAGGAACAUGAAGCCUUUCUGUCAAAGAGAUUCAGCACUUAUCUCUGUGCAGAGAUGCUUCCCCAUGCAUGGUAAAGGUGAGAGAGCUCUGCUUACUUUUUCCCCAGCUUAUUGAGAGUCCAGAAAAAAACUUUGCUGCUCUAUACAGCUACUGGCAAAUGCUUUGUUAUAAAUAAACCUACAAUACACCAGUGACUGUAAAGGGAAGUUCAGGUAACACAUCUCAGUGACCAUGCAUUGAGAAACUCACAAACACAUCCACAUAAUGUAACAUGGAAGGACAUAGUUCUGCCUCAGAUGUCCAAGAAACCUCCUGAUUCAUUGCAAAUCAGUGUUAAAGAACUAAUAGCUUUCUCCAAGGUGUCCUGAGUGUCUCUACAGAACGCUGGGAUGCUCCCCCAGAAGUGUGACAUAUAACCAGAGUGAAAUGGUUUGCAUUGAAAGCCAAUGUUAUUAUUUUUCUAGAAAGCAGCUUUUUAACUGAGACUCCUGGCUAAAGACUGAAGCUUUUGACAACACUUCUGGCAACACAAUGCUCUGGUAUCAUCUCCAGUCACUGCCAGUAGCUGCACCAGGCAGUUAUUCCAGAUACUCAUCCCUAAUAUGAUUCCACCAGGGUCUGAACUGAGACCCAUCAACUCAUGUCAUCUCAGAGCAAAAGCAGGUGAGAGACUUCCCAAGGUGAUGAAGACUAGAUCCCAAAAGGUACCUUGGACAGUGUGGAUUCUUGGUGAACAGCCACCAUGGAAAGCUGUAAGGAACUGCAGAACAUAACAGAAAGGGCUGUGAAGUCUACAUGCCACUCUGAGAUGGCUUCCUUCUUUCUCAAUGACUUUGCAAGAAAAGAGAAAGAACUCUCUGUGUAUUUGUAUUUCUCCCUGUAUUUUUUCUACCUUCUCAAGGGGAUGUUACCAACAUGUGAUCAUGGUUCAUCACUCCCCAAAGUGAAGCUGCCUUUAGCUUUCUCAGGAAGACCCCAAACCCCAGGGCAUUCACACCUCUUUUCCCUGCACUGCCUGCAAAGCUAAAUAAAAUCAAAGUGAUUAUUUGA